AUGCAAGCUUUUGUUGAAGGACUAUUCCCAAACUAUAGAUACAUUCACACUUUAGGGGAAGGUAAACUAACAGGAUCUUGUAAAGUGAUUGAUUUAGUAAGCGGAUAAGAACUGUGUGUUAAGUUAAUAUACAUUAAAGGAAUUAGUGAAGAGAAUUUAAAAAAUAUGGUGUAAAUGAUUUAAAAAAUAUCAAGCAUAAAUAGCCCGUAUCUGACUAACAUAGUAAAUUCUGCAUACAAUAAUGAUAAAUCUCAUUUUGUCAUAGUAAGUGAAUUUAUGAGAGGAGGUAAUUUAUAGGAUGAAAUUAUCAAACAUGUCAAUGAAAAAAAAGUAAUUUUAGAAGAUGAUAUUUGGAACUAUAUAUUUCAAAUUUCAAAUGGACUUAAAGCACUCCAUGAAAACAAAAUUACUCACAAAAAUCUGAAAAGCACUAAUAUUUACUUUUCAGAGGACAAAAAGUAAAUAAAAAUUGGAGAUGUUGGCAUUAAACAGUUUCUUGAUAUUGAAAAAUAAUAACAAUUUAAUGGAUGUCCUUACUCAAUGAGCCCGGAAGGAUUCAGAGGUAGAUUCACAAAAAAAUCUGAUAUUUGGAGUCUAGGUUGCAUUAUAUAUGAGGUAGCUGCUUAAACGCCUCCUUUCUGGUCUAAUGAUCUAGAAGAUUUAAAAAGAAAAGUUGAUAAUACUAGAUACUCUAAAAUAAUUAAUAUAUCAAAGCAUUUUACUUAUUUAAUUGAGAGCAUAUUAAACCCAAAUAUGAAACUUAGACCAGAAUUAAAAAACAUCCUGAAGUAUUCUACAUAGGCUUAGUUUAAAAAUUCUAAUCUUGAAAAAGUACUUUUCCCUAAAAAAGAUCCUAAGAGGUUAUCUCAACUGAAAAUAAAUAAUCCAUAGAUCAAUUAAAGUAUCACUAAAAAUGCAAGCACAAGCACAACAUCUUUUCUACCAAAAAUUAAUGAUUUUUAAAACUUUAAACUUCCAUAGACUAUUGAACAAUAAAAUAGUGUAAGAAGUUCUUAAAGAUCUAUGAAUUACUAACAAUAUAAACCUUAAGCAUUAAAAUUAAAGAGAUUUAGCUUAAAUAAAAGUUAAAGCUAAAAAUCAGAUUUAGCUAACAACAUUGAAAUGGAUACCUCUGAUUUAAUGAAUAGUACAAUUAUAGGUCAUGGCUAUAAUCAAACUACAAAUAAGUUAAAAGAUGAUACAACUAAAGACACUAAUAUUACUUUAAACAACUCUUAUAGCUUAAUCAACUCUAAGUCUGAACUUAAUAAACAGCCACAGUCUUUUUAUUCACCUAAACCUCUAAGCAUAAAUAAAAAUUUUUUUAAAUCUAAAAAGAAUAACAACAACGAAUUGAAUUAGUCAAUAUAAAUUGAUGUAUAACAAAAGUAAUAAUAAAUUCUGUAACAAUAGCAGCUAAAAUAAUCUCAGCUCUUGUAAAGAAAAUGUGUUCCUAGAGACCUAUGUUCAAAUAUGAUUCUUUCAAGGAAAUAUAACUAUCAACAGUAUUUAAAUGGAUAUAACAAAUAACAAUAAGAAGAAAGAUAAAUUGUAUUUAUGACUGACGUUGCUAGAGUAGUUAAAUUAAAAUCUAGCUCUGUUGCAUCUUUAUAAAAUUAAGGCAUUCGUUGA